AUGGAUAGGCGCUCAAAAGCCGCCGCCAAGCCGUCGAGAAAGUGCUACCGAGAGUCGAAGUUGUCACGGCAGGGCACUCAGGUUCGCGCGAGCCUGUUCCUCGUUCGACCGACUGCCAUCUGCGAGAGGGUUGCCGUCUCUGCUCGUCAAAGUUCGAACGCGGGACGAAGACGACCUGCCGGCCUGAACUGGCGAGCCUCAGCCGCUGCUAUCUAUCUUUAUCUAUUAUCUUCGGUGAUCGUACACAUAGGAAAUCGCACCGUCGAUGAAAUGAAUUCCGAGCCAUUGUCCAUUACCACCAUCCACCACUCUUUUCCAUCACCUGUCCACUAUUUCACUACAUGGUCGUAUUUUUUAAUCGUACAUCUAUCUAUGGUAUAUCUAUCUAUCUAUCUAUCAAACUAUCAUCCUCUGAUCACGCACAUAGGCAUAAGCACCCGUAUCUAUCGAGAAAUCUAUCUAUCUAUCUCUGAUAGUUCACAUAGGCGAUCCGAAAUGAAUUCCGAGCCAUUGUCCAUUACAUCCACCACUCUUUUCCAUCACUCAAUCUAUCAUCUAUCUAUCUAUCGGCGUCUGAUUAACAAUUCUGACCAGGCUCGCACGUUGCACAUAACUUCGGCCAUGCAUCGCUAUCAUCUAUCCUAUCUAUAUCUAUCUAUCUACCCUCUGAUAGCCUCUCACGCACAUAGGCAUAAGCACCGUCGCAUGAGAUUCCGUGCCAUUGUAUUACACCAUCCACCACUCUUUCCAUCACUGUCCACUAUUUCCAUUACACCAGGUAAUUUUAGCAUCAUCUAUCUAUCGAUCUUCUAUCUAUCUAUCUAUCUCUGA